CCUCUGAAGAUGAUGAUCCGCAGAAGGUUGGACUCAAGGUCCUUCUCUGUGGUGGCAUUGCCGGUGUCGCCACGUGGGCGUCCGUCUUCCCGCUCGAUAUGAUCAAGACACGGUUGCAGGCGCAGACCAUUGGAGUGUCGCCUGAGGACCGAUCGUUAUUGCGAUCGCAGCCCGCCCAAGGCGCCCGACAGCCUUUAAAUGCCUACCAGCUUGCGCGACAGGCUUACCGGGAAAACGGACUCCGAGUGUUUUACCGGGGCCUUGGAGUCUGCAGUAUACGAGCGUUUAUUGUAAACGCUGUCCAGGUACGUCUCGACCAUCUACAGUGGCUAUACGGAAAGACACUAACUAUACAACUAGUGGGCAACCUACGAGUGGCUCAUGAAGUAUCUCCAAGAACCACUGAAGAUCCCCGACGCAACACAUGCAGAAGCAUUGUAAAGUACAUAGCCUACUGUAAUUAACCUCUGGUAUUAAAGCUUGUAAAUAAAUUUCACCCGACAAGUUCAAUG